AUGGAUGAUACAGCAGCUGAACUCAAUGACGCUUUUUCGGGAUCCUGCCCGAACGGUGUUCCUCAGGAUGUGUCGACGGAGCUACAAUCGAUAAUGCGGCUUCACUCAAUGUCUGCUCAAGACCUAUCCUACAAAUGGGAUGCAUACUGUUUGAAGAUGGGUGCAGAUGAGACAGCAUUGAAUUUGGAUACUGCUCGAGGACUUAAGAGAGAUGUGCAAGAUGCAUUGGAACGCGAAAGCCGGGUGAAGUCCCAUGUGCGCAAUACCGAUAAACGAAGUGCGGUUUCAGUAACUCCCCGAGCAGCUGCUAAUAGCAGAGCCGUAUUUGGAAUGCUCGAUGAUUUCGUCCCGUCACCACAAGAUCGAGAUACGAAGGGGGGGAAUGGCACUUCUACCAAACGAAAGGCUGCCUUUGGAAACCCUUCAACAUCCAAGGUUGGCAGAGCAGAAAUGGGAAUGGGGUCUCCUGCUGAUUCCAAGACCCCACAACGGCUGUUGAAUGGUGAUCUUGCCGGAUUACAACAAACCCCUUUCUCCGAACGGCAAAAUAGUGGCCAAGUCUUGGAGACGCUAAACAGUCAUCUUUCAAUGGCACAGGUCCCAACAGCCCCAUACCAGGAGGCUCGUAUUAAACCGACAGCAAAUACAGAGCUAAAGAAGUUCGGGUAUAAGCCAAUGGCAAUGCACCUCAAUGAGGCGUCCGAAGUGCUGGAUGACCGGAUUGAUGAAUUUAUGGCUAUCGUCCAAAAGCAUCAUGGAUUAGACGAUACUGCCUUUGGCAGCGCAGCCAACCAAAGCACCAAGGAGAUUAUCGCAGUUGGAAGGAUUGCUUCGGACAGCAUGGAGGGAAAACUAAACACAGCGUCAUUGGUCCUCGAAACAUCAAGGCGAAUGGGUGCUGGUUUACGAGUUCCCUUGAAAGUUGACUCACUGCCUUCAGUUCAAUUUUACCCCGGCCAGAUCGUUGCCCUUCGAGGAAUAAACGCAUCUCGGGAGUAUUUCACAGUCUUUGAAGUGCUUUCCGUUCCCUUGCUUCCACCUGCUGUCACUGUGCCGGAGAUAAUACGGAAAGUAAACGGCCGACUUGGGGGAGGUGACACAGAACGAGUGCUAAAUAUACUCAUAGCUUCAGGACCUUUCACAGCGGACGAUAAUCUUGACUUUGAACCACUUAGAACGUUAUGCAUCAAGGCAGCCAAUGAAUAUGCUGAUGCUUUAAUUCUUACUGGACCAUUCUUGGAUCUUGAACAUCCGCUUCUUGCAUCUGGCGAUUUUGACUUGCCCGAGAUAAAAGGACUUGAUCCUGACACAGCAAGUCUCUCAGCCCUAUUUCGACACUGCAUAUCUGCACCGUUGCAUCAACUUGCCUCUGCAGUGCCAAGCAUUUCAAUUUUCCUAAUACCUUCAGUUCGUGAUGCAGUCAGCAAACACGUCUCGUGGCCCCAGGAAAUGUUACCAAAGAAGGAACUCGGAUUACCCAGACAAGCUCGAACGGUCACCAAUCCAGUAACCCUCUCCCUUAACGAAAACGUAUUUGGCAUGUGCUCUCACGAUGUCUUGUACGAAUUGAGGCAAGAAGAGGUGUUGGCAGGCAAGCCGUCGGAAGGCGGCUUGCUAACAAGAUUAUCACGAUAUUUGAUCGAACAGCGACACUUCUUUCCUGUUUUCCCGCCUACUUCUAGAGAAAACCUCCCCAAGUCUGGACUCGAAGGCAGUAUUGCUACCGGCGCAAUGCUUGAUACCAGUUAUAUGAAGUUGGGGGAGUGGUGGAACGUGCGACCAGAUGUGUUAAUUACGCCCAGCAUGUUGCCUCCUUUCGUUAAGGUGGUCGAAGGUGUUCUGGUCAUCAAUCCUGGGACGCUGUCGAAGAGGAAAGCCCCAGGGUCGUAUGCGCAGAUGGGAUUGCAUCCGAGGACACUUACAGAGGAGGAGAUGAAUGAGAAGCAAGUGGGACACAAAGUUUUCAAUCGAGCUAGGGUCGACGUGAUCAGGAUCUGA